AAUUGACAUUAGAUUAUUAAAAGAAAUACAACAAACAAGGGGGUUUUGUAAUUUUUUGGUGAUAAUUUUUCUUACUUUUCUGUUGUAUUUUGAAUUAUUUACAAUUUCAAAGGUCUGGCCUUAGCGUUAAUUCGGAUAUAAUAGUGAAAAAUAUCUGACAGUGCAGUUAUCAGGCAAUUUUGCAGUAUGAAAUUUUAAAUUUAUUUUUAAUUUCAUGAACAAAAGCCUUGUUCUCAAUUGAAAUACAAGAAUUCAUUAAGAUUAUUUUAAUAAGUAUAAAAAAAAAUGUCUUAAUAUGAUUUCAUUUCUGUAAUGAAAUUUAAAUUUAUUAGUCUACUAGAUAAAUUAAAAAAACAAACAAUAUAUUACAAAGUAGUGCGAUUAUUGAAAUAAAAAAAAUGGAUUCAGAUGAUGAUAUUCAACCUUUGAUACAUUAUAAGGGAAAUAGCUCUCGAGAACCACUGUAUUUAGAACUUACAACACAGUUAAUCAACAUUGACCCUGAUUUUGAACAGGUAGUAUAUGGUUACCGGAGAACCAGAUGGCGAACAAUAUUAGUACACAUUUUCACUGUAUUAACGGUCGGCAUACCAGCCUUAGUAUUCCAUUGGUAUCCAACUUGGUUCCUCUAUAUGACCUGUGUGAGAUGCAGUUUCCAGGUUGCCGAUCAGGUUUUAAUUGUUGAAACAUAUCAAAAGAAAUGUAAAAGUUAUUAUAUUCACAAAAUACGCCAUAAAAACAUAGAAGACACAAGUGGAUUAUUCAAUGAGGGUUUUGAUGUUGAGCCGGGAGAUGAUAAAAGAAACUUUGAAACUGCUGAUGCUAUACACACUCCCAUACAUUUGGACGAUGGUUCCACUCUUAAUGUCCAAAACUACCGUUAUUUCCGGCACAAAAAGCAGUCUAUAAUAUGGGACGCGGGUAGAGCGCAAUGGGUGAGACUAGCUGGAAUCGAAGCUGGGGCGACAUGUGCGCAACUUCAUGCAAGGGGCGCCAUAGCACCUACUAGUGAAAAAAGGAUUAGGAUGUUAAAUAUAUACGGCUUGAACGAGAUAAAGGUUCCUGUACAGUCUAUCUUCACUUUGAUCCUCUUGGAAGUAUUCAAUCCGUUCUACGUAUUCCAAUUUUUCACAAUAGCCGUGUGGCUCGCAGAACCUUACUAUUAUUAUUGUAUUGCCGUUGUUUUAAUGUCGACGUUCGGUGUUGCCACUUCUGUGAUACAAACCAAAAAGAACCAGGAGAGUCUUCGCGCGACCGUGGAGGCUCACAGCACGGUGCGGCUGUGGGACGGGCGGGUGGUGGCGACGCGGGCAGUUUGUCCGGGGGACGUGGUACUGCUCCCGGCAAGGGGCUGCACGCUGCAUUUCGACGCGCUGCUGCUCACCGGCACCGCCGUGCUCAACGAGAGCAUGCUCACCGGUGAAUCAGUGCCGGUCGGGAAAACGGCUUUGUUGAGGGUCGACAAACCAUUCGACAUGAAGGAGCACGCGGCCAGCAUUCUGUUCUGCGGCACCAGAGUCAUUCAGACCCGGUACUACAACAACGAACCUGUCAGGGCCUUGGUGCUGCGUACGGGCUACAACACAAGUAAAGGGCAGCUGGUCCGCAGUAUACUGUACCCGGUGCCGGCGGACUUCAAGUUCGACCGGGACUCGUACAAGUUCAUCAUCAUCCUAGCCGGGAUAGCGGCGUGCGGACUGGCCUAUACCGUGGCCUUGAAGGCGUACCGCGCUCUCACUCCCAGCGACAUAGUCCUGAAGGCGCUGGACAUCAUCACGAUCGUGAUCCCGCCCGCGCUGCCGGCGGCCAUGACGGUGGGGCGGCUGUACGCCGUGGCGCGGCUGGCGAGCGCGCGCGUCGCCUGCCUCAACACGCGCGCCGUCAACGUCACCGGCUCGCUCGACUGCAUGUGCUUCGACAAGACAGGGACGUUAACAGAGGACGGGCUAGACAUGUGGGGCGUGGUGCCGGUGAGCGCGGCCACCGACCCGCCGAUGCUGGGCCGCCCGCAGCGGGACCCCGCCCUCAUCAACGACUUGCACGACCUCAAGAUGGGCAUGGCCGUCUGCCACAGCCUCACGCUGCUCGACGGGGAGCUCGCCGGAGACCCGCUGGACUUGAAGAUGUUCGAGUCGACGGGCUGGCUGCUGGAGGAGCCCGACGUGCCCGAGCCGUCCAACUACGAGGUUCUGACUCCGACCAUAGUGAGACCCAAGAAAACUGCAAACAUCAACGUCGAUGACAUUCAUAUGCCGCUGGAGCUGGGCAUAGUGCAGCAGUAUCAGUUCGUCUCGUCACUCCAGAGGUCCUCGGUCGUGGUCCGGAUGCUGGGAGAAGAUGUACUCCGCGUUUACUGUAAAGGAGCUCCCGAGAUGAUUACGACGCUGUGCCGACUCGAGACAGUUCCAAAUAAUCUAAGCGACGUUCUCGCCUCGUAUGCGGAGAAGGGUUACCGUGUCAUCGCGAUGUCUACCCGGAUAAUGGAAGCGACGCUCAAGCAGAUUCACAAGAUGACAAGAGAAGAGGCCGAACGUGAUCUAGAAUUCUUAGGGCUCGUCAUAAUGGAGAAUCGUCUGAAAGCUGCGACCACGGGCAUCAUACGAGAACUCAAGGAAGCCAAUAUACAUGUGGUCAUGAUAACAGGGGACAACGUGCACACGGCGGUGAGCGUCGCCAAGGAGUGCGGCAUCCUCGCCAGCGGGGAGCGCAUCGUGCAGCUGAGCGGUGACGCCGCCGCCCUGUACUGCGAGAGCACCCUGCACGGGGCGCCGGUGGGGCGACGUACGUUGCUCCAGCGCGAAUGGCGCAGUGAGGACAGCGGGCGCGGCUCCUGGGGACAGUCCGGCUCCGCUUCAGGCUCGGGCUUUGCCCCCAACGACCCUGAGGCUCCGGCCUCCGAACCUCGCUACAAGAUUGUCGUAACUGGUGAUACCUGGAGGAUCCUGCGCGAGCACUACCCCGACAUGGUGGGGCGCGUCGUGGAGCGCGGCGCCGUGUUCGCGAGGAUGUCGUCCGAUCAGAAGCAGCAGCUCAUCGUUGAAUAUCAGGCUCUGGGAUAUUACGUCGGCAUGUGCGGCGACGGCGCCAACGACUGCGGCGCCCUGCGCGCGGCGCACUGCGGCGUGUCGCUGUCGGAGGCGGAGAGCAGCGUGGCGGCCAGCUUCACGGCGCGCGAGCUGUCCGCCGCGCCGCGCCUGCUGCGGGAGGGCCGCGCCGCGCUCGCCACCAGCUUCGGACUCUUCAAGUUCAUGGUGGGCUACUCGCUCACGGAGUUCUUCUCCGUCGCCUUCCUCUACUACUUCGACUCGAACCUGACCGACUUCCAGUUCCUGUACAUCGACAUCGCGUUGAUCGUCAAUUUCGCCUUCUUCUUCGGCAUGACUGAGGCCCACUCGGGCAAGUUGUGCGAGAGGCCCCCGCUGACGUCCCUGCUGGGCCUGGUGCCGCUGUGCUCGCUGGUGGGACAGCUGUCGUUAAUCGCGGUGGCGCAGUACUUCGGCUACUACGCCCUGACGUUCUUCCCGUGGUACGUGAGGCAUACGUACGCCGGCGAGGAAGAAAACGAGUGCUGGGAGAACUACGUGAUCUUCGCGAUAUCGAUGUUCCAGUACGUGAUAAUGGCGAUCGUGUUCAGCCACGGCGCGCCGCACCGCCGCUCGAUCCUCAGCAACAGAAAGUUCGUGGCGAGUCUGCUGGUGAUGACGUCACUGUGCGUGUACAUAGCCGUGUCGCCGGCCGCCUGGGUGGCUUCGUUCCUGCAGCUCCGGAUGCCGAAGGACGUCCUGCUGUGCUACCUGGUGCUGGCCAUCACGGCAGCCAACUUCGUCGUGGCGCUGCUGUUCGAAAGAUUGGUCAUAGAGUACCUAAUGGAAGGCAGAGAGAUGAUUCCGAAAUUUUUGAAGGAAAAACGAGUUAGGAAGACUCCUCACUUGAUGCUGAAAAGGCAGCUGACUGACAUGGACUACCUGGAUUGCGACAGCCUCGUGAAGUUUGAUAAGGAGGGUGCCAUUUCGGAUGCCAGUUCCGGCAGAGGUAGCUGAUUACUGAUUAGCUAAUACUUCUGUAUGUGAUGAUAUUACGUAAACAUAUCAUGUUAUUUAACAAUUAUACAAAUUUUGGGAAGUUUUGAAUUAACUUAAUUAUACAUAGUGUUUUUAAAAUAUUCGUCUGUGUUAUAAAACUGGCAACACUGACACGUGUAUGUUGCCAAAAUAGGCAACCUUUUUUUUUAAAUAAGCUUAAAAUCGAUUGUUAUGCUGAAGAAAAUUUCUACGUUACGUUAUAAUGUAUGAAAUAAUAAUGAUAAAUCUGAAAAGUUAAUUAUAGAAUAGGAACCCUCGUGUGGCCGGGCGACCAUUGGAUCUGUAGGUUUACUCUUAAUUUCGUAAACUAAAAACCGCUUGUGCUAAAAUUGCCCACGAUAAAUUAUUUUGAAACCUACGUACUAGAGUACCGAAAGGUCUAAAGCAGCAAAUUCUUUUCUUAUUGUUGCUGCCGCUACACUAAUAUCAAAGUUCAUAUUAUAAUAAAUUAGAAAAAAAUAUCUUUAAUAUUAUGCAUGUAAUUAAUUAUAAAAUAUAUUUCACAAGAAAAUAUAUUACGUGUGAUCUUUAUUUGUUAACAUUUUUUAAUUAAAUUCAUAGACGCAAAGCGCCAUUAAUUUAUUUAUGAAAUUUUAUCAACUGGCAACACUACGCUUAGAUUAAGUUUUAUUUUAUUAGAGAUUAAUAGAGAAACAAUUAAGUUUGGUAACAAUUCCACUAAUUUAAGGAAAGGUAUAGAAAACUACGUAUGUUUUUCGUAUGACUUACACUUAAUUUAUAAAAAUGGUGACGUCACAGAGAUAGUAUACUUCAUUGUUUUAACGUAUUUUUUAUACGUACAUAACUGUUUAUUUUGUCAAUAAAAUAUUUUAUUUCGUAAUUUUAAAAUCAAAUAUCCAAACAACUUAUUAUUGGAAGUCUUUAAUGUCUGUUUUUCUUUUGUAUUUAAUGAAACAGCUACUUGUACUGUAGCUAGUCGCAAUCGAGGUUGCUGUUACAUACAUUCAAAAUAAGCUGCUUAAGCUUAAUGCAUGUGCUUUUUUAUUAUAAUAUUAUUAUAAUAAAAAAUAUAAUAAUGUAAUAAAAGAAAAUAUAAUAUCAAGAUAAAACAUUUGUAUUGAUUGGCGAGUAAAUUACAUGCUUUAGAUUCAUAAUAUGCCAAUAUUAUAUCAUAAGAAGAUAUAAUAUGAUGGACUUGAUUUUUACUAAAUACAGCAGAGAAUAAAAUAAUAUAAAUUUUUGGUUACAAGAAAAUUUACGUUACAUUAUUUAUGUAUGUAUUAUGCAAUUGACAGUCUUCGAUAAUUUAAAGAUAAUUUUGUGUAAAUACACAAAAUACAUUAAAUUCAUUAAAUAAUGAACAAUAACUUGUGUUGCAGUUAUGAGAAUAUAAAUAUAAAUUAUAACAAUCGUUAGAUAUAUAAAAAUAAGUAAAUGAAUUAUGGCGUCAUCUUAUGGAUAUUAGAUUUAAGUAUAAUUAAUUGUGAUAAACUAGUUCCGCAAAACUCAAAGUGCCUUAAUUUUUCAUUAAAAUGUACAAAUAUUUGUAUUUCAAUAUGUAUGUGUAUACGAUCUUACCAAUUUACACCAAAAUGCUUAGAAAGGUAUUCGUGGGCUCCUGCCGAACUAAAGAGUCAAGUAAAUGCAGAAUAUGGCUCUGAAGAAGCUCGCCAAACAAAAUAAAUAAUAGUAAAAAAAAAUAAAAAAAUCCAACUAAAAAAUUUAAAAUAAAUUUUAAUAAAUUUUAAUUAAAAAUAGUGUAAGAAAAAAAUGAUUAUAUUGCAAAAAUCGUGGGGUGCUUUUCAAGAUAGUAUCAAAAUAACCCUUCUACUCAUAUCUGUUCUUAAAAUAUUUAUAACUACUGAUACCAUGCACCCCACGCUUUUUUUUACAAUAAAAUCAUUUUUUAAUUGAAAUUUAUUAAAAUAUAUUUUAAAUUUUUUAGUUGAAUUUUCUAUAAAAGCGUAUUUUGUUAGUUUUUUAAACUAUUAUUUAUUUUUCAUAUUUUAGUUGAAUUUCAAUAAUUUUUUUCAAUUUUUUUUCGGUCCUUAAUAAGUAUAUCAAAUUUCGAGUUAAUCCGACGUUUUGAAGGCGGUCAAAAUCAUGUUACAUAUAUACGUCUGAAGCUAAUAAAAUCGUAUUAAAACAGUUACAUUUAUUGUGUAGAAGUUGUCUUCUCAAAUAGUAUUACGGAUUCCAAGUAUGUGUUUCUAGUGCUGCUAGACUGUAUAUAUGUUUAUUAACAAAUAUUGUUUUAUAGAAUACAUCACUACUGCUGCUUGUUGUGUUUUAAUCUCACAAUACACCACAGUGGUUUUCGAUUUAUUUGAGCAACAUUGAGAUUAAACUCGAAGGUUUAAUUUUUGUAUUUGAAAAAUACUUUUUGUAUUUUCUUUUUAUUAUCCUUAAUGCACUAAACAAACGAUAAUUAUACUUCAACUAACUACAAAGAAUCAAUAGAACAGAUUAUCUAUUGUAAUUAUUAUUUUUUUGUUUACAUAAUUAUUAAACCUAAUUGUGAUAUAAUUCAAAGAUUGUUUUUACUGAAAGAAUAUUGUAAAAAAUAACUUUAAUUUACGCUUUUGAUUUUAUGUUGAUUAAUAGGAUAUAACAGUUUUUUUUAUACAAAUAAUGAUAUAUUAUGUGAAUGUUUUCAAUUAAAUAGAAGAAAUACAUAUGUGAUGAAUUUACAAAAAAAUAAAUUUUCUGUACCAAGA